UAAAAUCUGUCAUGAAAAUGUGAAUAAAGGUAAAUUAGACGAUUUGUAGCUACCAGUGACUUGCUUGUUAAGUGAAUACAAUCUACAUGUAGCAAGUUUAAGCCUAUUUUCAGACACUGGUUUAUCUCUCUGUGUGAUUAACAUCUAUAACUCGACUAUGGACUUGAGUGUGUGUUUUCAAAGUGUGUUGAUAGUGGAUACAACCAGUAUAAUAUUAGAUUAAAAAGUUUCAGGUUUAUUGAAUUGUUUCAUAAAAAACUGUGUGUGUUUCGUCAUGCUACACAUGUUGGUGUUAAUAACACAAAUUUCUCUAUAUAUUCAUAAAAAGAGUAAAAAAAGCGACUACAUAGCUUGUUAAUUGGAAAACAGUUUAUAAUAAGUAUUGAAAAUGACAACUUCUGUCAAUUCUGUUGGAAAAAGUUCAGAUUUUGUGGAGGACUAUGUUUGCAGCGCAUGCGAAAGUCAAAGUAUUUUUGAAAGUGCCGAUAUUUUUUGUGAAACAUGUAUGAAGUUUUUUUGUGGAAAAUGUGUUUAUUAUCAUGAUCAAUUGUACAAAAACCAUUCCAAAUAUGGAAGAGAAGCAACAAAUAACUGGCCUGUUACAAAGAAAAUGGAGGAUUUGCUUCUGAAAUGUGAUGUACAUAAGGACGAGAAACUGAAAAUGUUCUGCCAGGACCACAGUCAACUGUGCUGCUCAGAUUGCCUUCUGCUUCACCACAGACAGUGCAUCGAUGUGACUCUCAUUUCUGAGUCAAUAAAAAAGCUAUCAUUGGAUAUGCAACAGCUGUCGAUCAAUCUGCAAACUAUUCUGUACAAACUUAAUACGUUUAAGAGUACACAAGAGUCCAUUAUUCAGUUCGUGGAGGUAUCAUAUAAUGAAACAUUGCAAGAAAUCCGAGACACGCGUGCCAGAAUAGAUGCUUAUCUGGAUGAGCUAGAAAAAGCAUCUCUGAAAGAACUGGAUAAAAUUAGGACCACAUUGCAAACCUCUCUAAAGAAAGAUGUUGACAACUGCAGCAGACUGAAGGAUGAACUGCAACAACUUGGUGAAGCUGUACAGGGCCUGUGUAAUAAGAGCACAAAAGAAAUGGAGUUCAUAGCCAAUAGGAAAUGUCUUGACAAAAUUCAAGAAUGUGAGACAUAUAUGAAGGAUAGCCCAGUAAAGAUUCCGAGUUCAAUGAAAUUCCAGGCAAACAUUGACAUUGAUGAGUACCUGUCUAAACUGUCAGGUCUAGGGAGCAUUAGAGUGAUGAAUCCAAACCAGUUGAUGACAGUGAAGAGAAAGUCUGAGUAUAAUAUACAAAUAUCAAGUGACACCAAGACUUGUUUCAUCACAGGCAUUUGCAGCUUACCUAAUGGCCAUGUCAUUGUUGUUGAUAAUGUAAAUAGAAGAGUUAAGCUGUUUGACCAGCAAUACAAUGAAGUUAGCCACUGUGAUGUGUCUGGUGAGCUAUGGGACUUUUGCCUCAUUACAUCCAGUGAGGUGGCUGUGACUGUUGGCAAUGCUGUGCAGUUCAUCUCUGUAAGAAAUGAGUCACUGAUUAAUGGGAGGAGGAUUCAGUUACAGCAUGCUGCUCGUGGUAUUGCCCACCAUCAUGGAACGUUGUAUGUCACAUCAGGCACUGUUCUCUACCACUAUACUCUAACAGGAACACUCAUGAAACAGCUUUAUACGGAUACAGUAGGUGGCAAUUCAGUUUGGAAGUGUGCAGUGAGUCCUGCUAGGGACAUGAUCUAUGUCACCAACUAUGCCCAGCACAAGCUGAUCACAUUGGCCAUGGAUGGGACCCUUAUAUCCUCGUUCACUGACCCUGAACUACUACAUCCACAUGGCGUCCAUGUUACACCUGCAGGACAUGUGCUUGUAUGUGGAAAUACCUCCAAUUCUGUUAUACAGGUGGAUCAUGAGGGCAGAAAGAAGCUGGCAACUCUGCUUUCUCAGAAAGAUGGAUUGAGCAGCCCAACGUCUGUCUGCGUAAACAAAAAUGUUGACCAGAUCACUGUGGGACUAUGCUACAACAACAAAAUCAUUGUUCUGGAACUCCAAUAGCUCCGCUUGCUGAAUAUUUAUGUAUACACUGUUGUUAGUGUUAUUUAUGAUUUGUUUUUAAGAAUAAAAAAAUAACCCAUCAUAGUUUGUACCUCAGGCUGAAAGAAACCUAGCUUUACAAUUGUACAUAGUGUUGAUUGUUUUGUAAAUGACUUUUGAAUAUUUAUUUUGCAAAUAAAUCCUGAUUAUAAGAUUGGGACGUGACGGAUGGGCAUGCGGGUGGCGUUAAACAGGUGGUUUUCAGUCCCUACGUUAAGUUUGAAAUGACAAAAUUUAAUUAAAAUUGGAUAAAGCAAGCUUUAUUGCUAGCUUGGAAUUGUAUUAUGGAAACUGAAAACAGUGUUCGCUUAAUAACUCGAGUUUGUGUAGCUAGCUUACAUUAAAACCUAAAUAGAGAUUGCAUUUAGGGAAAGGUCAAUGUUACUAUAAAAAGAAAAUCAGCAAAGAUGUGGUUUCCAUUCAAUAUGCUGUAAACGCAUAGUAAUUCGUCGGUAUGAAAUUUCGUGCUUUCAUAAAAAACAACUUAUUCUUUGACUCGUAAUUUUCGUGGAUUUCAAAUGAAAAACAGCUAAUUCGUUGAUACGUAAUUUCGUGCAUUUCAAAUUUUUGGGGAAGACUGACCGUCAUAAUAAUUAAUCUUUUAUUAAAACAACCAGAGUAAUAACGAAGCAUAAUCUGCUAAUUUGUGUUGACAGCAUGAAUUGAGGUUAAUGUGCACUGAAGCAUGAAAGUGUUGCCGAUAAUUGUCGAUAAGAGCGAUAAAGCGGCGCACUUGUGGGUCCCCGCUCGCUAAUUGGCAUCAAUAUAGUUUUGACAAUAUUUGCGAUUCUCAGCGCAAUCGGUCCCCUAGUUGUAACAAUUGAGUAAUAAGGUUCCCAAAAUACACGUGUGAAAACCGUUAUGUCUCUUUUAACUUUUAUUGGCACUAAUUGACAUAAUUACGUGAUACUGAAGUGAACUAUUACAAAAAAUAAAUAUCUUGGAUAACCGACAACAAAAGAAAAUGUUGGAAAUGACAUUCGGAAAUGACAGAUUUUGGAUUAAAAAUGUAUAAAUAAUCGUUGGUACUUGAAUUCGUGGUUGGGCGGACCAACAAAAUCCACGAAAAUUCGUACCACAGGAAAUUUAAUGGUUUUACAGUAUUUAGGUCGCAUUUACCGAUCUUGAUAAAACUUAGGAUAUAGCAAGCUUGCAUGGAAACCUAUUUCCGGAUUUUAUUUCAGGCAUGUUCAGUUAAGAUCAUAAUUACUGUACAUACAAAGAGAACAAUUGUAUGCUCACUUGCCUCAGUUUAGUACUAGGUAUUGAUUGUGAGGGUGUUUAGCUUAUAUUCAUACCUACCUUGGGAUUGCAUUUGCGGCAGGUCAGGUUAUGCUGAAGGACACUGUUUCUAAAAACAGAAGACUGAUUUUGGGUGAAUACAUAGCGUUUAGAUGGCGAUAUUGCAAUCAAAAUUUGAGUAUAGGUUGCUUGUACAAUGUAUGCAGACCUAGCAUUGGAAUUCAUGUGGGACUUUCAUAUUCUUUGGUUAGUUUUUUUUAAAUAUAUUAAAACCGCUACUGCUCAAUAACUUUGAGUUUGGAUGGGUUUCUUGAGCCUCGCUUUGGAUUCCAUCUUGGUCCAGUUGGGUAAAGAUCAAUGGAAAUGGAAAAUCUGUUUCCACUCAACAGUUUGAGUAUUAGAAUAUAUGAACUGUAUUCGGCUCAGUAACUUGAGUUUGGAUGGAGAAGUCCUUUGGCUGAGGUAUUUGACUGAAAGUGUGUGUGUGGUAAGCUUAAAUGCAGACUUGGGAUUAAACAGUUAUUGUAUCUAGAUAAUAAUCAAUGCAUUGAAAAACUAGUUAACUGGUUAUGCCAUGUUUCUUUUUUGUGUUGUGUCUGUUGCUUACAUGUGUGUUGAAUGUAUAUAUGGGCCAUUUGUAUGUCACUGUUAAUAAAAAUAGUAACAGUGUAAUUAUACCCCCAUUACUGGUAAUUGAGGCUAUAUAAGAGUCACUUUGUCUGUCGGUCCUUCCGUCUGUCCCAAAUUCAUCCAAUCUUCACCAAACUCGGUCACAAGUUGUAUCUAGAUGAUGUCUAGGUCAAGUUUGAAUAUGGGUCAUACCGGGUCAAAAACUAGGUCACAGGGUCACUUAGUGUGUUUUAAACCAAAAGUUUGUCCGGACCAUAACUAUGUCAUUUAUCGUUAGAUUUUAAAAUGACUUGGUACAUUUGUUCACCAUCAUGGGACGGUGUGUCGUGUGAAAAAUGUUUGUUGAUUUCUCCAAGGUCAAGGUCACACUUUUGGAUUCAAAGGUCAAAUGCUUGUCCGGGCCAAAACUUUGUCAUUUAUUGUGAGAUUUUAGAAUCUUUUGGCAAAUUUGUUCACCAUCAGUGGACGGUGUGUCGCGCGAAAGAAUUACGUUGAUAUCUCCAAGGUCAAAGUCACACUUAGAGUUCAACGAUCAUAAAUUAGCUUGUCCGGGCCAUAUCUUUGUCAUUCAUUAUAAGAUUUUAAAAUCAUUUGCCACAUUUGUUCACCAUAUUUGGAGGGUGUGUUGUGCGAAAGAAUUACGUCGAUAUCUCUAAAGUCAAGGUCACGCUUAAAGUUCAAAGGUCAAAACUGGAAAAUAAAUGAGCUUGUCCGAGCCAUAACAAUGUCAUUCAUUGUGAGAUUUAAAAAACUUUUUGCACAUUUGUUCACCAUCAUUGGACGGUGUGUCGGGCGAAAGAAUUACGUCCAUAUCUCCAAGGUCAAGGUCACUCUUUGAGUUUAAAGGUCAAAAAUGGGCCAUAACUAUGUCGUUCAUUGUGAGAUUUUAAAAUCAUUUGGCACAUUUGUUCACCAUCAUUGGAUGGUGUGUCGCGCGACAGAAUUACGUGAUAUCCAAGGUCAAGGUCACACUUUGAGUUAAAAGGUAAAAAAUGGCCAUAAAUGAGCUUGUCAGGGCCAUAACUAUGUCGUUUAUUGUGAGAUUUUUUAAUCAUUUGGCUCUUUUGUUCACUAUCAUUAAUCGGUGUGUUGCGCGAAAGAAUUAUGUAGAUAUCUCCAAGGUCAAGGUCACACUUUUAGGUCAUAGGUCAAAAAUGGCAAUAUAUGAUUUUGUCUGGACCAUAACUAUGUCAUUCAUUGUGAGAUUUUAAAAUGACUCUGUACAUUAAUUUUAUCACAGUCAUUGGACAGUGUGUCAUGGGAAAGAAUUCUAGUGUUCAAAGGUCAAAAUGGCUGUAAAUAAUAAGGGCAUAAUAAUUCUUCAAAAUUGCCAUAAAUUACAUUCUCUUGUUUUGUGAAGACGGCAUGCAAAAAAGUCUGUGUCAAUGCAGCACGUGGGGGUAUACGUCACGUCUGUGACAAAGGUCUAGUUAUGUUUAUAGUAAGAUAACAUGCAUAAAUUGGUUUGGGCUCUGGUCUGUUGAAAAACAUGGUUGAAAAGGGGGAGGGUAAUUAAGGGCUCAGUUUCUAAUUACAUGGCUAUCAUGAAAUUUUGUGAACACUGUAUUAGUCAUAUUAUUUGCCAACUCAUCAUGAAACAUGCUCAGGACAUUCGUUCCAAUCAUAUCUCAAACGAAUUCUUAAAUGGUUCAUGUCCGUCGAUCAGUUUUCCUUGUAUGACUUUACUACAAGCAUACGAACACGCUUUCAUCACAAUGUUGGCCCAAUUUUUAUGUAACUUGCUCAUAAUUUUUUUGUAAUGAUCGAAGGGUAGCUCGAAAAUGGUUCCCGUUCAUUCAGUUAUCAAAUUAAGUAGUUUGAGAAAGAGAGUCUUAUUUUUUGUAUUAUUACUUAGGACCUAAAAAAAUUUUUCUACUCCACCUACAGAAAUCUAAUAAUGUGAACAAGCCCAGUCUAUAAUAUACCAGUACAUGACUUGGUGGAUUGUGCUUAGAUCGGUAUCCAUUCUUUUAAAAACAUGGGUCUAAGUGGGCAGGGCAUUUUCUUUAUAUGUCUAUAGUGCACCUUGUUAAUACUAUAUGUCGUCCAAUCUUGUUUCGAAUAAUUGUUUAUAUGUUAUCUUAGAUCAGUUAAAACUGUCUGUUUAAGAAUAUGGCUGCCAUGGGAUUUUGUAGUUUAACUUGCAAUGUUCGCUGAAGGGGAAAAUUUUCACUCUGAUUGAUGUUGCUUCUUUGUGAAAAUGAAUUCUACUAUUUAAGUGAUACUUAGUAUUUUAUGAUUUUGUGAUGUACCGAAUGAAGUCAUGAUAAUAAGUGGUGUGUAAAUGACCAUUAUGCUUAUUAAUUGUGUUUGUUGAGUUUUAUGCUUAACUACCAGUAUUUUAAAUGAUUGCUAUGUCGAGUUUUUUGCUUUACUUAAAACUGGCAUUUUAACUGAUUGAAAUUUUUUUGCAUUUAUAUUUUUUUAGCUCAUCUAUUUUUUGAAAAAGAAUUAUGAGCUUUUGUCAUCACCUUGGCGUCGGCGUCGGGUUAAGUUUUGCAUUUAGGUCCACUUUUUAUGCCCCCCUUCGAAGAAGAGGGGGUAUAUUGCUUUGCUCAUGUCGGUCGGUCGGUAGGUCGGUCGGUCCGUCCACCAGGUGGUUUCCGGAUGAUAACUCAAAAACGCUUGGGGCUAGGAUCAUGAAACUUCAUAGGUACAUUGAUCAUGACUCGCAAAUGACCCCUAUUGAUUUUUUCAUAAAGUAUCAAUGCUAUUACAUUCAAACUUGGUACACUUACUUACUAUCAUGAGGGGACUGAGCUGGCAAAGUAAGAUAACUCUGGCUUGCAUUUUGACAGAAUUAUGUGCCCUUUUUAUACUAAGAAAAUUGAAAAUUUUGUUUAAGUUUUGUGUUAAGGUCAAUUUUAUUCCUUAAGUAUCAAAGCUAUUGCUUUCAUACUUGCAACACUUACUAACUAUCGUAAGGGGACUGUGCAGGCAAAGUUAUGUAACUCUGACUGGCAUUUUGACGGAAUUAUGGGCCCUUUAUACUUGAAAAUUUGGUUAAGUUUUGUGUUUUGGUCCACUUUACCCCUAAAGUAUCAUAAAUAUUGCUUUCAUACUUGGAACACUCGCAAACUAUCAUAAGGGGACAGUAAAGGACAAUUUGCAUAACUCUGGUUGUCAUUUUUAUGAAAUUAUGGCCCUUUUUGACUUACUAACUUUGAAUAUAUGGUUACAUUUUGUGUUUAGAUCCACUUUACUUCUGAAGUAUCAAGGCUUUUGCUUUUAAACUUCAAAUACUUUCAUGCUAUCAUGAGGGUACUGUACCUGGAAAGUUGAAUUUUACCUUGACCUUUGUUUAUGAUUAGAUUCGAUUGAUACUUUGACAAAACAACUCUUACUUGACAUACCACAAUUGACUCCACCCAAACCAACCCCCUCCCCCGGAAUCCCACCCUCAAUCCCCCCCAUUUUUUUAAAUUAAAGAUCAUCUAAUAAAUGACCACCACACCCUCACACUAUACCCCACCACCCCCCACCUCAAAAAAAUAAUUUUUGUGCCCCCGGUAGCGUGGCAUAUAGCAGUUUAACUGUCUGUCAGUAUGUCAGUCAGUCUGUCUGUCCGUCCGAAAAAAACUUUAACAUUUGCCAUAACUUUUUCACUUUUUGAGAUAGCAACUUGAUAUUUGGCAUGUAUGUGUAUCUCAAGGAGCUGCACAUUUUGAGUGGUGAAAGGUCAGGUCAUCCUUCAAGGUCAAAUGUCAAAUUUAUGGUGUCAGUCCGUCCGAAAACUUGAACAUUGGCCAUAACUUUUUCAAUAUUGAAGAUAGCAACUUGAUAUUUAGCAUGCAUGUGUAUCUCAUGGAGCUGAACAUUUUGAGUGGUGAAAGGUGAAGGUAAAGGUCAUCCUUCAAGGUCAAAUGUCAAAUAUAUGGCGUCUGUCCGUCCGAAAACUUUAACAUGGGCCAUAACUUUUUUAAUAUUGAAGAUAGCAACUUGAUAUUUGGCAUGCAUGUGUCAUUCUUCAAGGUCAAGGUUAUCCUUCAAGGUGACCAAAGGUCAAAAAAAUUAUAUUUUUAAAAGCGGCGUUAUCAUGAAGCUGCACAUUUUGAGUGGUGGAAGUUUAAGGUCAAGGUCAUCCUUCAAGGAAAAAAAUAUAUAUAAAAUUCAAUGCGGCGUUCUCAUGAAUCUGCACAUUUUUAGUGGUGGAAGUUCAAGGUCAUCCUUCAAGGUCAAGGUCAUCCUUCAAGGUCAAAGGUCAAAAAACAAAUAAUUUUUUUUAAAGCGGUGUUAUCAUGAAGCUGCACAUUUUGAGUGGUGCAAGUUCAAGGUCAAGGUCAUUCUUCAAGGUCAAGGUCAUCCUUCAAGGUCAAAGGUAAAAAAAAUAAAUUCAAAGCGGCGUUCUCAUGAAGCUUCACAUUUUGAGUGGUGUAGGUUCAAGGUCAAUGUCAAGGUCAUCUUUCAAGAUCAAGGUCAUCCUUCAAGGUUAAAGGUAAAAAAAAAAAAACAAAUUCAAAGAGGUGUUCUCAUGAAGCUGCACAUUUUGAGUGGUGGAAGUUCAAGGUCAAGGUCAUUCUUCAAGGUCAAGGUUAUCCUUCAAGGUGACCAAAGGUCAAAAAAAUUAUAUUUUUAAAAGCGGCGUUAUCAUGAAGCUGCACAUUUUGAGUCGUGGAAGUUCAAGGUCAAGGUCAUCCUUCAAGGUCAAGGUCAUCCUUCGAGGUCAAAGGUCAAAAAGAUAAUAUUUCAAAGCGGCGUUUUCAUAAAGCUGCACAUUUUGAGUGGUGGAAGUUCAAGGUCAUCCUUCAAGGUCAAAGGUAAAAAAAAACAAAAAAAAUAAUUUCAAAGCGGCGCAAUAGGGGGCAUUGUGUUUCUGACAAACACAUCUUUUGUUUUUUUCAAACAUUGUUAAAAAACACAAAUAUUUAUUUUUAUUAUUUUAUUUUUUAAAUACCGUCCAACCAUCCCACCCAAGAAUCCCCCCCCUCCCCCAAAAUAUAAUAUUUUGUUUUUGAUUUAUUUUUUUUGCAUUUUUGGAAGAUAAUGUAAUAUGACCACACCCCCACACUAUAAACCCCUCUCCACUCCACCCCUCCCUCCUUUGUGAUUGAAAUUGAGAUAGGUCCCUUCACCUUUAAAAAGAAAAAAGAUGAGCGGUCUACAACCGAAAGGCGGUGCUCUUGUUUGUAUUUAGUUGCAGUUUGUAAUGAAUUGGGACGAUCGUUAAAUAACAUAAAAUAAAUUUAUCUUGCGACUU